AUGGAGCAAGAAAAAAAAACAGAUGCCUCGAUAGGGGAUAAAGAAAAAGGCAAAGAUGCUGAAGAAGAGGAAACUCAAAGGGCAGAACUGACAAGCUCAGAGUUGGCCCUUUUUGAAGAUGCAGAGGCAGAGCACUCCAUUGCAGUUCCAGUACUUGCGAAGCAGUCAGAGCAAUCUGCAUCAGAGCCUGUGGAAAAAGAGAUAACUGUUGGGGUUCUGACUGUAGCAAUUAGUCCCCUCAAUUCACUAGCCACGGUCUCAUUCGCUGAUCCAGAACUGGCAAAAUUUGAAGCCAUGGAUCUAGAUGCUCAGUUGGACAGGCUAGAUAAGCUCAGCUCUACUCAUGGCAAGGCUAAGUCCAAAGUAGUGGAUGAGGCAGUGGACAGAGUAAAAAUAUGGCAGUCAACCAAGCUGGACUUGGAUGAGAAUAGAGAAGCUGUUGACCAGCUGAUGAAGGAUCUGGACCUGCUGCAUAGGGAGAACAUGGCUCCCAGACCUAUCCUUGAGCUCAACUUAGGCCUUGCAAGAGAUGUGCUCAAUCUCCACACUCGCUAUGAAGAUCUUAAGCCCUCCUUCAAUGCCUCUGAAUUUUGCAAGGUUACUCAUGAAGCCAACUUGGGCAAUUAUGCAAAACAUAAGGCAGAACUAGACUAG